AUGGUGAAAAAAGUUUUAUUAUUAGGUUCUGGUUUUGUUGCCAAACCAGUUGUCGAUGUUUUAUCAAAAACAGGUGAUAUUGAAGUCACAGUUGCUUGUAGAACUUUAAAAAAUGCACAAGAAUUAGCUAAAGGCACUAAUUCAGGCGCUAUUUCUUUAGAUGUUACUGAUGAAACUGCAUUGGACAAAGUUUUGUCAGAAAAUGAUGUAGUGAUUUCAUUGAUUCCAUAUAUUUAUCAUUCCACCGUUGUUAAGAGUGCCAUUAGAUUAAAGAAGAAUGUUGUUACUUCCUCAUACAUUUCUCCGGCUUUAAGAGAAUUAGAACCAGAAAUUAAGAAGGCAGGCAUCACCGUUAUGAAUGAAAUUGGUCUAGAUCCUGGUAUCGAUCAUUUAUAUGCUGUCAAAGUCAUUGAUGAAGUCCACAAGAAAAAAGGUAAAAUUACAUCCUUUAUUUCAUACUGUGGUGGUUUACCAUCCCCAGAGGAUUCUGACAAUCCAUUAGGUUACAAAUUUUCUUGGUCUUCAAGAGGUGUUUUAUUAGCUUUGAGGAAUUCUGCAAAGUAUUACAAAGACAAUCAAUUGGUUCAAGUAAGUUCAGAAGAUUUAAUGAGUUCUGCUAAACCGUAUUUCAUUUAUCCCGGUUACGCCUUCGUUUGUUACCCAAAUAGAGAUUCAACAGCUUUUAAAGAAUUAUAUGAAAUUCCAGAAGCUGAGACUGUUAUUAGAGGUACUUUGAGAUAUCAAGGUUUCCCAGAAUUUGUUAAGGUGUUAGUUGACAUGGGUAUGUUAAAGGACGAUGAAAAUGACAUUUUUACUAAGCCUAUAUCAUGGAGUGAGGCUUUACAACGUUAUUUACAAAGUGAGUCAUCUUCAAAACAAGAUAUAAUAAAAAAAAUUGAUUCCUUAACUCAAUGGAAAUCUGAUGAAGAUAGAGAAAGAAUUUUAAACGGUUUCCAAUGGUUAGGAUUUUUUUCCACUACUCCUAUUACUCCAAAGGGCAAUGCCUUAGAUACAUUAUGUGCCACAUUAGAAGAAUUGAUGCAAUAUACAGAAAAUGAGCGUGAUAUGGUUGUGCUUCAACAUAAAUUUGGCAUCGAAUGGGCAGAUGGCACUACAGAAACAAGAACCUCAACUUUGGUCGAUUAUGGUAAAGUUGGUGGAUACAGCUCAAUGGCUGCCACUGUUGGUUAUCCAGUUGCAAUUGCUACCCAAAUGGUAUUAAAUGGCCAAAUUGAAGGCCCAGGUCUUUUAGCUCCUUAUACUCCAGAAAUUAAUGAUCCAAUUAUGAAGGAAUUAAAGGACAAAUAUGACAUUUAUUUAGUCGAGAAGACAAUAGCUUAG